GCGAACAUGUUCAGUUGUUUCUUGAGAGAUGAGUAUUUUGUAUGUCAAUAUGCCUUCUAGCGGUUAGGCAUUAUAUUGGACAACUAGUCUGUAGAAAAAUUAUAUUUCGGGACAUUUUUAUUGUUAUAAGAUGCUUGGUAGCCUAUAGGGAAUGUACGCUCAAAUUAGUGGCAAAUUUUGUUUUAUUUCUUAAGCUUUGAUAUGUAUCUCAACACAGGUUCUGAUGUUUAUAUUGGGUUUACUUAGAACUCUUGCUCGUAAUUUUCGUACAUUUAUCUUGUUUUAGUUAUAAAUGUGAAUAUAAAAGCACGUGCAUUAUCAAUAUUUAGCCAAAAAUAAGUGUCAAAAUCGGAAAAAACAUUUCAAUGUCUAUCCUCAGUUUACGUGUUGUCGUCGCUCUCUCUGGAGGUGUAGUGUUUUUGUUGUUUUCUAAACUGAUGUGGGUUGUACCCAAAUGGAUGUUGAAGAGCCGUGACAGUGAUGUUAGUCGUCAAUCGAAGCUUGUUAGCGAUCAUAAAACCUUUACGGAAGCAGUGGAUCUAAACAAUAUUAAAGUACCUAUCUUCUAUGGGUCACAGACUGGUACUGCUAAAAAAUACGCUGUUUGUCUUGGUCAUCAUCUUCAUACUUGUGGCGUCCAAAACUUGGUGAUAGACCUCAGGCACUUGACUAUGGACAUGCUGGUACACUUGUCUGUAUUGGACACAUGCGUAGCAGUAUUCAUUCUGGCAACUUAUGGUGAAGGUGAACCCACAGAUAAUGGUCGGAAGUUUCUAGAGGAUUUGGAAAACUCUGAUAAGAAAUUCAAUAAUUUACGUUUUGUGGUUUUUGGACUGGGUAACAGCUUGUAUACGUAUUUUAAUGCUUUUGGAAAAUCAAUCGAUCGUUUACUUUGUAAACAAGGAGCUAAACGUUUACAAGCAAUUACUUUAGGUGAUGAAGUGGAUGAUUUAGAAAAUACUUUUCUCACUUGGAGAGAUCAGUUGACUUCGUCGUUAAUGGAUUUCUUUAAUGUAUACAGUGAUAAUAAAGAUAAUCUGAACAUGCAGUAUGAACGGAUAUAUUCAUUGAAAUGUAAGACUUGGGGUUUGCCUGUCGUUUCACGCUUUCUAAACAGAGCUUAUGUGCCGGAAAAGUUACCUUACGGAACGGAGAACUAUGUCUACACUGCUCUAGUUGUUAAUCAAGAGUUAUACAAUAACAGUUCGCGUUCUUGUCGACACAUUGAAUUGGAUCUAUUUGGUUCUGAACUUAGUUACAAAACAGGUGAUCAUGUUGCAUUAUUCGCUCCAAAUCCACCAGAUCUUGUUAACGCAAUUGGUGAUCUUCUAGAUAUUGAUUUGGAUGUGAUGAUUAGUUUGGAUGCAGUUGAUCCUUUCAGUUUAAUAAGACAUCCUUUUCCGUGUCCAUGUACCUACCGUCAUGCAUUCACGUAUUUUGUGGAUAUAACUGGACCUCCUGGGAGGAAUUUAUUUUCUGCUUGCAUAAAUACAAUAACUGACCCUGAUGAAUUAGAAUUUGUUCAACUUCUUAUUUCAAAAAGUGAAAAAGGAAAGGAACUAUACUCAAAGUGGAUUUUAGAAGAUCAUCGUGGUCUUGUUGAUGUAUUAAAAGAUCUUACAUCAUUUCGACCACCAGUUGAUCUCUUGCUGGAGUUAUUAAAUCCUCUAAAGCCAAGACUGUACAGUAUCUCCUCCUCUGCAUUAGUGUAUCCGAAACGAAUACAUAUAACGGCUUCUGUGGUUAAUUAUCAAACGAAUUCAGGUAUGUAGUGAUCAUUUAUUAUCUAUCUUUUGCAGCUACUCACUACGCAAUUACCUAGUAAAUUUGCAAGGAUAAUCGAGUGGAGAUAUAUAUUUUUUCGAAUUGGUCAUUUCAUCGUCUUCAUGAACCUAUGGUGCAUUCAAGUCGUCAAUUCAAAGGUCUUGCUACAAAUUGGUUGAAUUCACUCCAAUUAGAAAGUUAUCAGGAUACACUGAAUAUCUCUAUACCUGUUACCAUUCACUCAAGUAAAUUCUAUUUACCUCGAAGUCGUGCACUACCAAUAAUUAUGAUAGCUGCUGGUACUGGAUUAGCUCCAUUCCGUGCAUUCAUACAAGAACGUUUAAAACUAGCUGACGAUAAAGGUGGUGUAAAUGGACAAAUGUUGUUGUUUUUCGGUUGUCGUCAUGAAAAUGAAGAUUUUAUUUACUCAGCUGAAUUAAAACAAGCUUGUGAUACUGGCCUACUUGAAAUGCACACGGCUUUUUCGCGUGACUCUGUCGAUGGCACCAAGGUGUAUGUUCAGCAUAAACUUCUAGAGAUGGGUCAUAAAGUGUGGCAACUUUUAGAUGAAUAUCAUGCCUAUCUUUAUGUUUGUGGGUAAGUAAUUUAUCAUUAUUUAUGAAUGGCUAUUUUAUUCUCAAUGUGUAGAAUAAUAAGAUUACAAUCAGAGUAAAGGCAUUAUAUUGGAAGGAGGGGAAUAUUCUUGAGUUGAACAGUGAAACUAAACGUGAGCAUCAGUUAGGUAAUCAUCGGAGGAGGUCAAGCAAACAAAUUGAACCAAAUAAAUGACUACAGAGACAUUGAUAAAAAGCUGAUAAGUGUGAAAAUACAAUGGAGAAAAAACGAAGGGAUCACUGCUUAGAUUAUUAAUCGCCUCUUUCUGGACAAAUAAUUCGAGUCUUGUUAUUCGAAUGGCGACAACUCCAACAAUUCGAAGUAGUUGUAAAAUUCCUUCACCACCUUACGAAGUUCUGAUUUAUCUAGUGACAAGUUAUAGCACUAGUAUUCGGCCAGUACACAGCUGAGAAAAUCUCUGUAAAAUCUUACUCUGCAAAGCCGUCCUCAUUGUGUUGAUUAGCCUUAUCGACGGAACUUAAUUGGCAUGAAACUCAUUCAUCCUUGUAGUCCUUCUGUUACAGCGAAAAAAAAGAAAUCUGAAGUCAUGUCGUUAGUCACUGUAUGCAUAUGUACAUUCAUGUGAAUACCUAUCACCAGCAUAAACCGAACGAUAGUAGUAACGUUGUUUUUGCAAAUUUUUGAUAUGUGUAAUGCAAGUAAAGCUACAACGUUACAACAAUUAAUUUAUGACAACUUAUUGUGUUAAUAAAAUAUCCAGGUUUAAGUACAUCGGUGUUUAAACUCAGGUUAUUGGACACAGCAGUUAAUUACACUUACGCGUUUGAUGUAGACUAUCUUUUCUCAUAUUUCGUCAAAUAGUGUUCAUAAAUUGCAGUUGCAUAUCUCCAUUGUCCAAUUUUCACGUUUUUAUACCACUUGUCAUGUUGUACCAAUUUAUCGAAGCGAAGAAACCUUCUGUCUCGUCACAUACAUUAUCAGUGGUUACUUCACACAGCUGUAAAGUAAGAUGGAACCAACUUCUGCGUAGUACUUACAUACGCAUUAAAAUAGACCUCCGAUUAAGAAGGCUAGUACGUGAUGCUCAAGAGUUUGAAAGGCCAUAUACCAAUACUAAAUAGAACAGGCUUCAGACUUCCAUCAACAGCUACCUUCGCUCCAUACUAAUGA